AUGGACCCUUAUCUGGGCAUCUUCUUCCUCACUCCCUUCUUCCAAUCCUGCUGUGCUUGGUCAGUGAAUAAUUUCCUGAUGACGGGCCCCAAGGCCUAUCUCAUCUACUCCAGCAGCGUGGCGGCCGGGGCGCAGAGCGGCAUCGAGGAGUGCAAGUUUCAGUUCGCCUGGGACCGCUGGAACUGCCCCGAGAGGGCACUGCAGCUCUCCAGCCACGGCGGGCUGCGCAGCGCAAACCGAGAAACCGCUUUUGUCCACGCCAUCAGCUCUGCGGGCGUCAUGUACACGCUGACCCGGAACUGCAGCCUGGGGGAUUUUGACAACUGUGGCUGUGAUGACUCCCGCAAUGGACAGCUGGGGGGCCAAGGCUGGCUGUGGGGAGGCUGCAGCGAUAACGUGGGCUUCGGGGAAGCCAUUUCCAAGCAGUUUGUGGAUGCCCUAGAGACUGGACAAGACGCCAGAGCUGCUAUGAACCUGCAUAACAACGAGGCGGGUAGAAAGGCCGUGAAAGGCACCAUGAAGCGGACUUGCAAAUGCCAUGGCGUGUCGGGCAGUUGCACUACCCAGACCUGCUGGCUGCAGCUGCCUGAGUUCCGGGAGGUGGGCACUUACCUCAAGGAGAGGUACCACAAAGCCCUGAAGGUGGACUUGCUGCAGGGGGCAGGGAACAGCGCUGCCAGCCGAGGCGCCAUCGCCGAGACCUUCAGCUCCAUCUCCAAGAAGGAGCUGGUCCAUUUAGAAGACUCUCCUGACUACUGCCUGGAGAACAAGACGCUGGGGCUGCUGGGCACAGAGGGCAGGGAGUGCCUGAAGAGGGGCAAGGCGCUCAGCAAGUGGGAGAAGCGGAGCUGCCGGCGGGGGUGCCUGCGAGAGCCUACGCGCAGCGAGCGCUGCAACUGCAAGUUCCACUGGUGCUGCGCCGUGCGGUGCGAGCAGUGCCGCAAAAGGGUCACCAAGUACUUCUGCGUCCGCAAGGAGAAGCGGGAGCGGAGCGGAGGUGGCGGGGCCAGCCGCAAGCUCAAGAGAAAGCUCUAA